UUGAGGUAAGUAUACCAACCAUAUCUCAAUCCAAGAAGGAUUUAUUAGAAGCUAAAGAAGGUUCAUUUCCUGAGAAGGUAUCACUGGAAAAAUUAUCAGAAACGAUUUCAGAGGAAUCAACCGAGGCAAGUGUAUCAUCUAAUCUGACCCAUGACCAUGCUUAUUUUC